AUGUCUCAAGGGGCUCUGAGGUGUUUAGUGGGAUUUGUUGCUCUACUGGGAAUUUUAGUGCUGAAAAUCUCAGGAAUUCAUGGAAAAGCGACUGUUCAUAUGGAUGGAUCUCAGAGAUGGGAAAAACCUGAGUCCCUGAGAGGCCCUAAUGUGUGUGGAUCACGUCUGCAGUCCUACUGCUGUCCGGGCUGGGAGACUCUGCCUGCAGGCAACCGCUGUGUUGUGCCUAUUUGCCGGAGCAGCUGUGGUGAUGGUUUCUGCUCCAGACCCAACAUGUGUACAUGUCCUGGUGGCCAAAUAGCCCCAACCUGUGCCAACAAAUCAUCCCAACACUGCAAUAUCAGAUGUAUGAAUGGAGGGCUGUGUGAAGAUGACCAUUGCCAGUGUCCAAAGGGAUUUACAGGAAGCUUCUGUGGACAGCAUUACCGAACAGGGCCAUGCUUCAUCCGGGUGCACAGCAGGCAGUGUGCAGCUCAGAGCAGUGGCUUUGUGUGCAGUAAGGCACUGUGCUGUGCCACGGUGGGACAAGCGUGGGGUCACCUGUGUGAGCUGUGCGCUCCGCUCAGCUCAUCCUGCAGCAGAGGAUUCACGCCAAAUAGCCGCACAGGAGCCUGCCAAG